AUGGCCCCGAACAACUGGGACCCGCUCAUCUUCGCCCACGAGCAGCCGUCCGAGCAGUGCACGGUUAGGGUGAAACGGGACCUGGCCGAGUUCAACGCAAAUCCUCCACCGGGCAUCUUCGUUGCGGCUGAAGAGAAUAACAUCUCCAAGGUGCACGCCAUCAUCGCGGGCCCCGUGGGGACGCCGUACGAGGGGGGCUUCUUCCAAUUCUUUCUCAAGUUUCCAACCGACUACCCGAUGAGUCCACCACGGGUGCGACACAUAACCACGGAUGCCGGCCGGGUGCUCUUCAACCAGCACUUCUACCGGAGCGGUGAGGUGUGUCUGAGCAUCCUGGGCACGACAACGGGACCCGCCUGGAGCCCCGUCCAAACGCUGUCCACCUUGCUGGUAAGCGUGCAGUCGAUGAUGAACGAGAAGCCGUACUUCGAGGGUUUUCCGCGCAGAGGAAACGCCGGGAGCAUCGGACCAAUACAACGACCUCAUUAG